ACGCAGCUUCCAAGUUCCUAGAAUAGUUUCACUUUUUAAAUUUUAAGGUUAUAUUCUAAAAGCUUUGUUUGGAAAUCGCUGAAAGCUUGUGUCUGCGUAGCAUACAUAUUUUUUAAUUGAGUUCCUUUGAAAAAUGUCAUCUUAAAUAUCUCUAUUCAAAUGGAUUCCGGUAAGGAAAAAGUAAAAUCUGAAAUUAUUGUUGAUCACGUAAUUCCUAUUGAUAUUUUGGACGACUUGGGAAGUCGCUUUAUAAUCAAUGUGCCAGAAGAAGAGAGAAAGGAUCUCGUAAGAUUAUGCUUCCAGAUUGAAUUAGCACAUUGGUACUAUUUAGAUUUCAUUUGCAAACAAGAAGAUUACAAUCUCAAGACAUGUGGAAUGAAAGAGUUUGCAAGACACAUGUUCAAGCACGUGCCUGCCCUGCAGCCGCAUGCAGAAGAAGUGGACUCGAUACUGAGCUCGUGGAGAGAGUACAAAAUGGCCGUGCCAACGUUCGGUGCCAUCAUACUCAAUGAGCAGCUGACGCAUGUACUAUUGGUGCAGAGCUAUUUCGCUCGCUCAUCGUGGGGCUUCCCAAAGGGCAAGGUCAAUUUUGAAGAAGACCCUGCCAAGUGUGCUGUGAGAGAGGUGCUUGAAGAGACUGGUUUUGAUAUAAGCCGUUAUAUAGAUCCUGAAGAAUAUAUAGAAUCAAAUUUUUAUGAUCAAAUGAUACGUCUCUAUGUGAUUUGUGGGGUUUCCAUGGACACAACAUUCAAGCCACGAACACGCAAUGAAAUAAAAGCAGUGGAAUGGUUCCCCAUUUCUGAUCUCCCAACAUCAAAAAAGGAUAUGACGCCUAAACUCAAAAUGGGUGUCAAUCCAAAUUCGUUUUUUAUGGUUGUUCCUUUCCUCAAGAGGUUGCGUCGUUGGAUAUUUGAUAAGCAGCAUUCAAGUAGCAGCAGCAACGUGCCGAGACGUACAAGGCACAGGUCGAUGGGAGAUGUCAACGAGAGUGCUAUUUCUGCGAUGGUCAGCCCCAGUGGGCGAAAGCAGAAAGUCGACAGUCCAGACAAUCUCUCUAAAAAUGGACGAAAACAUUCACAAAAUCAACUAAUGCACACAUUGCCCAUGGAAUUACGAGAGUUACAAAUAAGUAGUUCGACGAGGCAAGUCAACAACUCUUCUCCUCUCAAUGCAAGAGCAAAGCAGGAAAAAUCGGCAAAGCAGUCAUCCAAACGCAAACUUUUUGUAAAUAGUCCAGUUAUACCAGAUCCUGCAGUGUUAGCAGUAUUACCGGGGCCAACGCAGGCCAACGCUGUGCGAAAGUCACCGCUGACCACAGCUCAACCAAAGAAGACACGAGCAGUCAACAACAGCAAAAACAACAACAACAGCAGCAGUGCCCAAUCUCGGGGAAAGCCAUCUCACACAUUUGAAGCCGUAUCAUGGCUCAACUUCAAAUUCGACCGUGAAGAUUUACUUCGGGUUUUUUCAGUAUAUUAACUCCUAAACGUAAUCAUUAUUCCAUCAUACUUGCUUUAAUUCUUUACAGUUCCUUCUGUAGAUUCCUAAUGGCAUUUUCUGACUGAAGAUUUUGUAUGCAGUUUAAUUUUGCGUACGUGAAAUCACAAUGAUGUAGAAUAUAUUUAUCACAAUUACUCAUGAAGAAAUGAGCUGUUGUCAAGAACGUUAUGUAGUAGAUGUUAUAUAAUUUUUAUUAUGCGAUCAAGCAAAAAACAAUGCACGAAAUCGUUAAUUUUAGUUCCUUCAUGUAGGGUUUUAUAAAUUUUAUUUUUUGAGGAAAUGGGAAAAUGGGUGAAAUGGGAAACUUCCAUUAAUUGUUGAAGAACAUAGUGUGUAUACUUUUGUCAGACCCUUGACAUUCCUGAAAGUUUCUAAUUCAAAUUGGAUUUUGAUAUUUUAUUAUUGUAUUGAGUUCAAUUUAUGUUUGUUGGUCAUGGAACAUUGAUCUAUGCAUUAUUCGUUUUUCAUUUAUUUCAACUAUACCAGAUUAUAUUAUUUUCAUCAAUGAAGUUAUGAAAGGUAUUACUUAAAUACAAUAAAAAUAAUUUAUAACACCAAUAUUAAUAAUCUAUUAAACUAUUUUUUUAAAGAAAGUCCCUAUUCAAAUGUUCAAUACUAGUUCCAUCUAAAUCGAUCUCACAUAAUAAGCAUAGCUGUAAUAAUUCUCUGUCACGAGAAAUAACAAUUAAGUAUUAAUAAUUCAUGAUUCACGCUUCUUGAUGGUGGUAAAUAAUGUCAAUAAUAAAUUGAAGAUAAUAAUAUAAAUAAAUGAAAAGCGUAUGCUCAUUUGCAAAGAAACCCAUUCUGUUUGAACUUAUCUGAAAGCAAUGUUUUAAUUUUGUUAAAUAAAUCUAUAGAAUGAUUAUUGAUUAUUCAGUAUUCCUUGUUUUCCAUGACAAUAUUAUUAUUUAUAUCCCAACCUUAAUAAUUAUGAUCAGUGCAGUCUUUAAUUUCAAAUUGUAUGGCUAUGAAAGUCUGAAGAAAUAAAAUUUAUGUUUUAUUAGU